GUUACUUCCGGGUCACUUGUCGCCGGGUCAGCUGAUACGCCGGUCACAUGACCUGUUCCUGCCAACCAGAAGCGCGAUGGCGGCUGUGUAUGGGGGAGUGGAGGGGGGUGGGACGCAUUCUAAAGUGAUUUUGAUCUCCGAAGAUGGGCGGAUCCUGACUGAGACAGAGGGACCUUGCACCAAUCACUGGCUGAUCGGCGUAGACAAGUGCCUGGCAGCCAUCAAUGCCAUGGUUACUGAAGCCAAGCAGAAAGCUGGUCUGGACCCCCAGAUUCCCCUUCGAUCGCUGGGCAUGUCCCUGAGUGGCGGAGAACAGAAAGAAGCCAUCGCCCACCUCAUCGAGGAGCUGAGAGUCCGCUUCCCACAGCUUAGCGACAGCUACCACAUUUCCAACGACACCAUCGGGGCCAUGGCCACCGCCACGGAGCUUGGUGGCGUCGUGCUGAUCUCCGGAACCGGAUCCAACUGCAAACUGGUGAACCCAGAUGGGACGGUCGUCGGCUGUGGGGGCUGGGGCCACAUGAUGGGAGACGAAGGAUCAGCCUAUUGGAUAUCCCAUCGGGCCAUGAAGAUGGUUUUUGACGCCGUGGACAACUUUGUGGCUCCUCAGCACGACAUCAGCUACACCCAGCAGGCCAUGUACAGCUACUUCCAGGUGUCGGACCGGCUGGGCAUCCUCACUCACCUGUACAGGAGCUUUGAGAAGUCCAAGGUGGCCGGAUUCUGCGUGAAGUUGGCAGAAGGAGCCAGACUCGGGGACCCCUUGUGCUGCUCUGUAUUCCGAAGCGCCGGAGAGAUCCUCGCCCGUCACGUAGCGGCCGUCCUCCCCAAAGCUGAUACGGUCCUAUUUGAAGGGGCCCUCGGGCUGCCGAUCGUCUGUGUGGGGUCCGUGUGGAACAGCUGGGAACUGAUGAAAGACGGUUUCCUAGAGGUGUUGGCCGACAGGCACGGGGGUCCGGCUGGAAGCUCCUUCUCCAGAUUCAGCCUCCUCAAACUCAAGCAGUCGUCUGCCAUGGGCGGAGCCAGCCUGGGAGCCAGGAAUAUUGGCCAUGUCCUGCCUCUGAACUACGCGGCCAAUGUAGAUAUCUUCUACACACAUUCCUUUUCCUAAGCCCUUGGCUCUCCUACAGUGCACUUACACGUAUGGCUAGAAUUAGUGGGGCUGUUCCUGCUGGAUUGUGCUUAGUACAGGGGAAUACUGUCUCCAUUCUGGGGCUGUUCCUGCUGGAUUGUGCUUAGUUCAGGGGAAUACUGUCUCCAUUCUGGGGCUGUUCCUGCUGGAUUGUGCUUAGUACAGGGGAAUACUGUCUCCAUUCUGGGGCUGUUCCUGCUGGAUUGUGCUUAGUACAGGGGAAUACUGUCUCCUUUCUGCUGCCCAAGCCCCUCCGUAUCAUUAGACCACCUUUCUGGGCCACAACAGAGUCAAAAUUUACCAUCCACUGUCCAAGGGCAGGCCCAGUGUUCAAGGCAUUUUUCUCACCUUCCCAUUGGUUCAGCGGCCCCAUAGACUUCUUUUUAUGACAUUUUCAUUUUAAUAUAAUCCGGCCCCAACACAGAAUGAAAAAAUGGGGAUUCUCCUUGUUAGACCAACCUUUUGUUAUUUUGCCUGAUACCUUCUAGCCCAUCGCCUUUAUCCUGUAUGUAAAUCUCAGGGCAUGGCCUUAUUAUUUGGAACUGAAGUGCGACUACAGAUCCCAGCAGCCUCUGCAAAGGAAAUCACUGCCAUACGGACUGUACCCCAGAGACUCACUGCCCUGCAACUUGUACACGUAAGGAGGUCUCUGUCUCAUUGGGCGGAACACUCUGGGCUCAUCGCUUCAUUCCUUAUUUUGUAUUGUUCUUAAUAAAAUUCUUAUUCUUAAUAA